AGCUCGUCCAUGCACAACUGAACGAUAAACCAGUGUUAUCCUGUUAUCUGCCAGUGUUUUAAUUUUUAAGUACGUAAUCUUGCUCCGAGGAUUAAGUGCCGUGGCGCAUCGCCAAAUAAUCAUUUAUCCAUGGUCACCAGUGCAUGCUUCAAUUGCCAUUUUGCAACACUCAACUCACACUCAGUCAGCUCCUCUUAUCUCUCCCGGAGUUACAUAUCACCAGAGCAAACGUUGAACGACCCAUUAUCUCAGAUAAACAAGCUCCAUGAUUCUUCGAUCCUUCAGCAGCCACUUCGUAACUAUCCAAAUUUAAGCUUUUUAAAAUAGCUAUAAAACGGACAGUUCUGUCUAUCAAAGUAGUGUGUUAGCGUUGAUUUUGAUCCUUGUUCAAGUAACCAUCGAAGGCAGCUAUCCCCCUCAAAGACUUUUCCAAAUUUUCGUUUUUUCAAAAUGUUGGUUGAAGUCACUGAAGGCAAGCUGAAAGGAGAGAAGCUGAAGAACAUCUUAACUUCAGAAGAAUACUACAGUUUCAAAGGGAUUCCUUUUGCUAAGCCUCCUGUGGGACCUCUGAGAUUUAAGGAUCCAGAACCUCCAGAAAAGUACAAUGAUGUGUGGGAUGCAACCCAAGAAAGGUUACCAUGCAUUCAAAAAAGUUUUGCUUACUCUGGUAUUGGCGGUGAUGAAGACUGCUUGUAUUUAAACGUUUAUACACCAAAGGUACCUGAAAAAGGAGAUACCUUAAAACCCGUGAUGUUCUAUUUGUUUGGUGGAGGCUACACAGAGGGACAAAAAGAUGCUUUUUUAUAUGGACCUGAUUUUUUAGUCGCAAAAGAUGUUGUUCUUGUAAUACCCAAUUACAGGCUGCAUAUUUUCGGUUUCCUCAACUUGGGCAUCCCUGAAUGUUCAGGGAAUCAAGGUCUCAAAGACCAACUUGCUGCCCUGAAGUGGACCAAGGCUAAUAUUAGCAAAUUUGGAGGCGAUCCGAACAAUAUAACAAUUUUUGGUGAAAGCGCUGGUGCUUGCUCAGUUCAGUUUCUCUUAUACUCACCCCUUCUAAAAGGAAAAGGACUAUUUCAUAAAGCUAUCGCUCAGAGUGGGAGCAUUAUGUUGCAUAACAGAAGCUUCGGCACUGUCGACUCAUCUACAGAGCGGUCUGCUCGAGUAGCGAAGAAGCUUGGCUUUGAAUCAGAAGAUCCCCUUGAGCUGCAUAAGUUCCUCAUGAGUGCACCUGCCCGUGACUUAACACUUAAUACAAUAGGGAUCCUCACUCAAAAAGAAAGAGAAGACGGAGACUUGUUUCCUUUUACUCCUACCGUUGAUGUCGUUGGCGAGGCAAAUGAACGCAUGAUCACAGCAAGAGGCUCUGAAAUCACGCAGCAGGACCCUCAAGUACCAGUCAUGGUUGGUCUUUGUGAUCAAGAAGCCAUUAUUUCAUUAAAACAGCUUAUUACUGAAAAAGCACCAGGAGAGCAGUUCAUAAGCAGGGCAGAAUCUGUUAUCAUUCCAAUCUUAUUCAAAGGAAUACCGUUAGAUGAAGAGACUAAGAAAGACAUAGUGAACAAAUUUCACCAGUUUUAUUUCGAAGGGAAAUCAACAUAUGAAGAUAUUAUUAUUGCUUCCAUAGAUCUCUACAGUGACAUCAUGUAUAACAAAGGUCUCUAUGAUUAUAUCUUCGCAAACUUGAAAUACUCCUCUCAACCAACGUAUUCUUAUCUUUUCACCUACCGCGGAACUAUUGGUUUUUUGGAGCAUAUGUUCAAUUAUCAGCGGCCUUCUUUCCUCAAAGGAGCUGGUCACACUGAUGAACUGGGUUACCUUUUAUAUCAGGUUCUCAAAAAAGACAAAAACCCCCUCGAAUCUGAGACAGACCGGAAAGUCAUCAGUCACAUGUCAACCAUUUGGUCAAAUUUUGCAAAAUUUAGUGAUCCUGGUAAAAAUUUGCCCAUUGAUUUCAAGCCAGUAACAACAAGCAACAAAUCCUACCUUGAUAUUAAUGAGGAGCUUACCAUAAAACCAGGGAUAAUUUUUGAGGAACGAAUGAAGUUCAUCAACGAAGUAUAUUCAUCGGUCACCGCUAAACCUGCCUGUUGCAUCCAAAAGAAGUAAUUUGCUUAGCUCAAGUAUCUAAUGAAAGCUAUCUAAAUUUUUUUUGUAAGUGAUAAGAUUUUAUAUUAUUAUAAGUUCUGUUAUCCAUUUUUAAAAAUUUAAGAUUUUAUCCGUUUUUGUUAAAUUUUAUUGAAUGCUGCUUUGUGAAACAAUUUUAUUAUUAGUUAGGCAUGAAGUAUGUCUUAAUGUGCCAUUCAGUGUGCUCAAUGAAAAUGAGUUCUGAGAAGCUUUGGAUUUUAUUGAACUGGUCGUAAAUUCUCUCAUGCCAUCAAUGCAAAGUCAAGAAAAAUAUUUUGAAUGUAAAAAUUGUUGCUAAAUUUCAUCUGAAAGAUUAAAUCGUAUGAAAGAAUUAAACCUUUAACCUCUCCCUUGAUACAAACUUAAUUCGAAUUUAAGCAUUUCUUCAAAACUUGGCUAAACUUAUCUAACAGUUCUGUUAACGCUUACUACAAAAUGAAGCAUAAAAGCUGUCAGAGUUUUAAAAGCUGGCGAAACUGUUACCAUGCGUAUCAGUUUCAUGGGCCAAACAACUGGAUAAACAACUUCUAGGGCAAGAAUUCUUUCACGCUGAGUCUACCAGUUCUGAUGAAGCUGUUCUCAUUUUUCACCACAAAUAACUUUUGAUUUCAUCAUUCUUCAUCACGCAAAAAACGUGGGAAAGAAAUGUUAGAGCAUUGAAAUGCACUUAUGUUGAUUUUGUGUUUUGAGGCCGGAUCAUCGUUCUUUUGAAUCUAAGUAUUUUCAGCUUACACAAACUUUUGGACAGAUUAUCAUAUCAGGAAAACCAAAACUAAUGUGUACUGGAGAAUUCAUAUCCUUUUAGUUGUUCUGACUGUGCUACCCAUCAGCUUCAGAUUUGUACAUAGCAAGAGCCAAGAAUAUGUGUACUGAUCGCUGUUCUAAUUAAAGUCAUAAUUUACAUAUGUUUAAUAUAAUAUGUAUGUUAAAUAUUUUUUUUUUUCGAUUUUGUACAAUAUAUUAUAACAUCAAACAGA